AUGUGGUUCCCAUUGGAAACGAUCCUUACCAACUGGAAUCAUAUGCUUCGAAUCGGGAAAAUCACGGCCGGUUCACCAGAGGGCGAAGCGCCCGAAGAACUGGCAAGUUCUCGUUCGCAAAUCGGCCUUUGGUCUUGGCUUCCAUAUUGUUCUAGUCAAGUCGAUAGUACUGUGGCUGCUAUAGAUCGCUACUCGGCGGCUAUCGAAGCUAGAAUGCCUUCUGGAUCGCUUUUGUCUAUCUCUAGAGAUGCGCCGCUUUUCACGGACGUAGAACUUGAUGCGGCGUCUAUACCGGAGGAGUGCUUUAUUCGUUCAGUUCUAACGAGGCCAUUGCGCCCGGUUUGGAGGUUCCGCACGAUAAUGGUCUUCACGGCUCGACAGAGGUUUAUAGGGGUGCCUCGCGACCAGGAGGGAUGGGGCAAGAAUAUCCCGCCCGUGCUACUCUUCGCGGCUGCAGAUAGCAGCCGCACAGUCAGUUUUGGGAAGGAGAUUCGAUGGCUUUUCCUUGGGCCAGAAGACGAGGUAUUAUUCAACGAGAAUGAUCUUAUUCCUAUGGGGCUGUAUAGUGAGUCAGUACGCCGGUGCCAAUAUGAUAGUGAGGAGGCGGGCUUCCGUCUACUACUACCUUUCCAGGAUCACAAUGGAGCGAAAAUGAGUGAUGGAACAACAAUUUUGCCAGGGUCUGUCUCACGGCUCUUUCAACAUGGCAUUUUUCAUCCAUUUGGUGGUGAAAGGCAGGCUCGAAGAUUGGAGAGGUUGAUAGAUCGGUGGAUAGAAUUAGUAGAAAGUGGUGUUUGGACGGUUGGAAGAGAUGGUGUGGAGGGAACAAUUGAUGGAUUCCAUACGGAUAGUGCCUAUAUGGAUUAUUGGAUUGCUCCUGACUGGUGA